CUUGUCCACUGUGGCCAGUGUCAGUUUAUCGCGGUACUUCCAAUAUUUGCGGUACGCGAUAAGGCCCUUUUUACCCUCGGGGAAGGGGGUUGGCACUGGAAGAUAAAAACCGCUUUGCUACUUUGCUGAGGAUUGUUGUGAUUGUUUACACACACUGAUACAGGCGGUGCAGUUGGAAGGGGUUGUGGGUCUGCCACCCCAUGUCGGGCAAUGUCGUCGUCAGGUCAUCGCGGUUGGUGCAUGUGAAUGUGGGGAAUUGGAAUAAGAAGCAGAACAAGUGAAUAAACAACCGCGCUCGCGAUCGCGUCCGCAGUUUCCUGGGAGGCACUGGGAGGGAGGUCACAUUCCGCGACGAUCGGUUGUACAGCACGGACACGGAAAGGCAUUCGCUCGCAUUGCACGAUGGAGAGUCUCGAUACGGCCAAGCUACUGUUCGAAGAGAAGCCGCUGCACACACCGUCCCUGACGGAAUUGCGCGAUGUGCUUGCCGCUGGACUCGGCUCCUGUUUCGCAACGGUUAGCGUGGAAGUGGUAGAGUGUCCGGAUUUAAGCAAGGCGCCCUUCCAUCUGGCCGGAUCUGGUUUAAACGGAACGCCCGCGCUGAUCGAAAUCGGGGGACCACCGUACCUACUGCCCGUGGUCGAUCGUACCAAGCUAUACGAUCUCGUGUCCGUCACCAAACGCGCUCUGCAUGGCGAAGAGAAGCCGUUCAUUGUCAUCGGUGCCGGUGCCGGACCGUUCCCGCUGGUCAGCUCGAACUGCGAGGGCAUGUUCAACCUGCGCUACAGCCCCCCGGGCACGGUCGUGAGUGAAAGCCACCUGGCAAUGGUGACGGCCGAGCGGGAGGUUGUGGUGCGCAAAAUCCCCAGCACUGAGACGCGCUGUGCGCUGCUGGCCAAUCUGCUCGUUGCGGAAGGAAACGCUGGGCCCGUGCUGAAGGUAAGCUGCACAAAGCGCACCGGCAACAAGGACUUUAUUGCGAGCAUUCGCACCUGUCUGGACGAUCGGUACGGCGAACGGGCGGUAGGGCUGGGCGGUGUCUUUCUGCUGCGGGAGGGCAAAGCGAAGCAGCACGUCAUGUCACCGUUCUCUACCAAUCCGAUCCACACGGAGGAGCAGCUGAACGAGUGGCUCAACUUUUACGACAUGCCGGCGCCGCUCGUGAACGUCGGCACGCUGGUCACGAACGAGUGCGAGCUGGAUCUGCGGCUGCAGCAUUUCCACAGCUUUUCCACGCACGGCCAUGGUGGCCACUACCAUAUCGACACGACGCCCGAGACGGUCGAGUACGAGGGGUACUUUGUGGCGGGCGAGCGGAUCGUGCGUGUCGACAAGCCGGUCAACACGCACAAGUUCGGCCGCGAUUAAGGAGCAGGAAGCGACUAAAGUGCAUCGAAGGAAGUGAAGCGGCAUGUGGGGCGAGCAGAAUAAACAAAACCUUGAUAGAGGGCAGCAGUAAGACGGCCACAAACAACAACACUACACACCACCACCACCACCGAUAGAGUUCGAUUUGCGUUUACUUUUCGCGCACAUUCGCGCAACAAAUGUAGGCCAACUCGAGGGCUCGUACUGAUAAGCGCCCGGACUGGGGCACGCGAGCGCACUUGACCGCGGACGGCGAGCGAUAGUGCGCAACAGCGGAAGCGUUACGGUUGGUUUGUCUUUGUUUGACAGGACCGAAAAUUGGAUUUUUUGUUCCGUUGGGGUAGUGUAAUUGUUUUGAAGUGUUGACAAAUUGCUGAUAAGCAAAUUAGGCAGAACAAAUCGGGGGUUUAAAAACAAAAUGAAGUCAUAAAUAAGGGCUGGAAUAAACGAUUCUAAAGCUUA